AUAGUAUUUAUAUUACUAGUACUAUUAAAGUAUAUACAUAUCAUACACUAUACUCUAAUUGGUACAUAUGCUAAUAAGUAAUGAAGACUAAGCAUUAACAUGGAAGACUGGCGCCAAAAAAAAUGACAGGCGGAUGGUGGAGUUAUUUCCUGGGGUACAGCUCUAGCGUGCCAAAACAUGAGGUGUGUGCAGUGUUCUCGUCCUUGGCCCCGGAGCUUGCUCCACACAACCUUCAACCCCGCAAACCCAUGGUCGACGCUACACGACGCCCUAGUUAUCCCUCAUUCUCAACCUGUUUGUGCAGACAUGGACAAAUGUCGACGAGGCCAAUCGGGCACACGGAGCGGAUGCAGAAUUGUGGAACCAGUCGAGGAUUUCCUUGGAAUGCCCAGUCACUCAACUGGGCUUGACCAGAGUCUCGACACCAGUACAGUGGAUCAUACGCGUGGUGUGGAGAUAGUUUGCUCCUGGUUUCCGAGGGCUGAGCUGAGGGGUAGAAGUCGACUGAAGGCAACUGCACGGCACGUUGGUCGAGCCACUGGGGUGUGGCGGUCGUCUGUCGAACCGGAACGAACUUGGGAGGUGAUUGAAGGAAAAAAGAAGGGAAGAGUUAGAAAAUAUGGUCAGCUCUUCCACAUGCUUUCUAGUGACUUGACCAUUUGAGUACUAAUAUUGACCACCACGGUGCUGAAGCUGAUCUAUAAGAGAGAGCGAAAGGACCAGAGCCAGCCUUUCCACCUUCUCGCACACAUGGAUGACGGACCGUUGGUGAGAGACAAGCUGCAUCUUCAGCAUCAGGUGAGAAUGGAAAGGCUGCUCGACCUUCACAAGCUACUCCUUCAAGCCAACCUGCCCCUGCACGCCUCCAACCUCUUUGCUAGCGUUCCUUGCUUCCAGUCGGCCGCCUCAUCCAACAGCUGAGCAUGAUGAUGCGACUUCAUAAUGUCCAUUCUCCGCAGGU